AUGGGUUGGCCCUAUCGUUUCCUCACCCUCUCACCCGAGGAGGUCCAGCUUCGCCGCCAGGCAUUGGACCGUUAUGCCAUCUACGCCCAGAUGUCGGCCUUGCUGCCCAUCUUCAUUCCCUUGAUCCAGCGAAUCGUGGAACGGUACACACGCGGUCGAGAGGUCACUCGUGGCGCCUACGAUGUCGUGCCUGACUCGCCAUUGUUCAAGAGCCGGAAGGGCACUGUCGUUGGCCGCUGGCUGGCGAAAGCUCGAAUCGUCCAAUGGUGGUCGAGGGAUGAGGUCAUCAUCAACGGGCAGUCCUGGGGUACGAGAGACCAAUGGAUGGUCGGUAUGGCGUCGAUGAUCUGGAUGCUGGUAUUGUGCAUCGCAGGUACUGGCGAAGACUACCUCCACUUCACCAAACGCCUGGGCACUAUUGCAACGGCCCUCAUGCCCUUCCAGUAUCUGCUCAUCCUCAAGUCCUUUAGCCCCCUGGCCUGGGUCUUCAACACGUCUCACGAGACCCUCAACCGCUGGCACCGAGUCCUCGCACGAGUCAUCACAGCCCUGCUCGUUCUCCAUGCCGCCUGCUACCUCAACUACUUUGCCCAGGUCGGCAUCCUGCAGCGGCGUCUCUUUGCGCCCGUCGUAUUCGCCGGCGUGGUGGCCUUCGCUGGUCUCAAUCUCCUCAACACGACGGCCCUGCGCGCCGUGCGUGCCUGGUCGUACCGCGUGUUCUUUAUCACCCAUCUCGUCGUUGCCUUUGCCAUCCCGCCUCUUAUCUUCAUCCACGCUCCCUCCGCUCGUCUGUCCGUCGGCACGGCCCUCGCGCUCUUGCUUGCCGACCUCGCCGUGCGCCGCCUUCGCACGACAACCUCCCAAGCCACGCUCGAAACCAUCCCCGGCACGACCCUCGUCAAGAUCAUGGCCUCGAUCCCUGGCCCCAAGGUCAACGCGUUCCGGGCCAAGCCGGGAGCGCACAUAUACCUCUCCAUUCCCGCCGCCGCCCGUCCAAUCGCCUCCAAUGACGCCCUCCUCUACGAAUUCCUCUUUAACCCGUUCACCGUUGCCGACGUCGAUGACCACACGGGCGCCCUGACCCUUGUCGCCCGUCAGCGGGACGGGCCCCUGACCCGUCGCCUCGCCCAAUUCGCCAGCACGGCGGCAUGGGCAUGCCAUCAUCGACAACGACGACCGUCUUCCCCGCCACCGCCACAGUGCCCCUCUCCAUCGAGGGCCCCUACGGCGCCGCGUCGAGACACUUUGCCCAGAUUGCCUCGCCCUGCACAGACCGCGUGCUGCUGA